GUGAUGGUGGCGGUGGCCCAGUUGUUAAGUCUGCCAGCGCUCACAGUGUAAAGUCACGGCGCAGUCUGGGGGCAAGCUCGCGGUCACGAUCUGCAGACGAGGAUGACGAUGUGUCAGCACCAGGGGUGACCCCAGAUGGCAGUACUUGGGAACCAUCUGAAACAGUAGAGGAGGAGACAGUGAUAGAAAAUGAGGAAGAGAUGCAAGAGGAACAGGAAGAGGUUGAACAGGAGGAAGAGGAAGAAACAGUAACAGAGGUGGAGGUAAGUGAGAAGACCCUAAAGUUCAAGAUUGCAACAGAAGGCAGCAUCACAGCCCCUGGUGGCAGAAGGAGCUACCCCGGUAGCCGGAAGGGAAGUCGUGAGAAGGCACAACUCCAAGAUUACCAUCAUAAUGUUCAUGACCUGGUCAGGGCAAUACAUGACCAGGAGGAGGGUGGGGCUUUCAGGGACUUAUGUCAAACAUCCACCUUCACCCCCACAUCCCCAUCACCACACUCCAAAGAUUUUCCAUUCAUAUCUCCAUCCCCCGAUAAGGAUCAGAGGCAUGGUAGCUCGGAGGAUUCGGAGCUACAGAGUGUAGUGAUGUUGAGUAGUUUGGGGCAGGCAAGCGGUAGAAAGGUAGGAGAGCUAUGUAAUGGCGAAACAAAGUGCUUUGAGGGUGUGAAGAGACAAACAAGUGAAGACCAGCAAGUGCAGGUUGAUGACAAUAAUCUGGAAGCAGACUGUGGUGUGAUAGGGAGUGACGAUCAUGACGCCCCUCAUGACGACAAGGAGGCUAGAGCAAUCAGUGCCAAGAAGACAACACUACUAAUGAGAAUUCGUAACCUGACAGACAGGCUGUCCUUCAGCAAUGAGAAGCACAGUGCUGAACCAACACAUGGUUACUGCAACAAGUCAUCACCAGUAAACAAACUAGAUGAUUCAUCAUCUACAUCAGUUAACUCUGCAGAUACGAGAUCAGUGGAGGAGGCUGCAAACAAAGCCAUGACAUUACCAAAGACAAGGAAACCUCAACGAACAGACAGUGGUAGUACUGGGAAAAGAGGAUGGAAAGUUCUUGUUGGUGGAGGAGGGAAAGAUCGCCUACCAUCGUCGUCUUUAGAGCUUCUGUCUCCCGCAGAGAGCUCCUCACCAGAUGUGCGGCAGCAACGCGACAAAAAGAAUGCAUUGCGCCCAAAAACUGAGGAGUUACAAGGUCAAGAAACUCAAAAUAGCAAUGGGCUAGAAGCCAGCUGCAAUGUCUCGGUGGAUCAGGAUGACUCCUGGCAUAUGGCAGACUCAUCGCCAGCUAGCGCAAAAAGUGAUUCGGCAGUUCUGUCUGGGAGCCUGGACAGCAUCCUGAAGGAGAAGGACAGAUCCUCUGGCAACAACAACAUUCGCAAGAAGAUCAACAUAUGGAGUAGUCCAGGCUCGAAACACGGUUUCUUCACGCGUCUGGGGCGGAGCAACACUCACACGGAAGGAACCAGGCGCCAUGGCAGUGAAGACAACUGCAGUAAAGUUCAACAGCAUAACUGGAUGUCUUCUCUGGCAGCAGGGUUCCGUCCUAAGAAAAACCACCACCAUCGUCAUCAUCACCAUAGUCUUCACAAACCACAGGGGCAGGAGUGACCGCCCCUUUUCCUGACCAUGACAUUCGUCCGCACUUGUUGUCUAUCUGUAGCUGCCUCACCCGACUACAUCAGACAGACCAAGUAAUGAAUUAACAUUCCCCUCUGUAUUAGAUGUGUUACUUCAUUCACCUGAAACUUGAUUUCAUGUCUGAUGUAUGAAUUCUCAACAUAGAAAUGCGGCAGGCUUCAUCGACUUCUUAGUUUUAACGUACUGACAUUUGUGGCUGGCCACAGGAACUCGGAAGCCCGCGAGAAAGUUUUCGUCAUGCGCGUUGAAUCAGUAUUGGGUGGCAUGUUUGUGUUCCCUAGUCAGAAACAAUAGUUACAGAUCAUUCAUAACUCAGUCAAUGAGAUCAUUCCAAGGUAAAGAAUCUUUAAAGUGCUUCCAGAGCGAUCGAAGGAACAGCUCUGAUCAUGUACUGUAGUAUUUGUUUCAUUAUUUUGAGUCUGGUAUUAAUCAUUAAGUAUUUAAAUUUGUAUAUUAUGUAUCAUUAAGAUUGAUAACUCAA